AUGUCGGCGUCUUUACUCUCACCAUUGCUAUUUGAGGAUUCCGAUUCUAAUCCUACGCAAUCCACUACUAGUGCUGCAUCAGAGAUUAAUCGAAUUCUUUACAAUCUUCCAUCUCGAGAAAGAUCAAAUUCUGAGACUUCGGUUUACCAGGAUUGUAUCAACAUAUACGAAUCGGCUGAUAUUGAUUCUGAUGAGAAUAAUGAGGAAAAUAUUAGCUCCUUAGGUUCUCAAGCUUUCACGCAAUUAUGCCAAACAGGUAUAGAAAUCGACGGAGUCAAAGUAAGCGGUAGCUCUAGAGAUACUGUGAUCGCCAACGAAAUUCAGGAGCACCUUAUUCUUCCAGAGUAUCCUGAUACAGAUAAAGAUGGUGUUUUGCAUAUUAUCCACGCCUCAAAAAAUCCAUUACAAAAUUUAGAAGACACUACCGCUCACGUCAACCAAAUUACUUCACAACUUAUAUCAUCGGUUCAAUUUUCGACUAAGCACCUCAAAUCGGCCAAGCAAAUCUUCACGAAACUCCUCCAGAAAGACACUAAAGACAAAGAAUCAAGAUCAUAG